GAAACAUCCUAUACAAAUACAAUUGAUACCAUUCUUUCAUCGGCUUCAAACAUCAAUACAGAGUUCAAGAAAUCUCUGAGAUUUUUUAGAAAUAUGUCAGACGGAACCGAAAAUGCUGCAAUUGAGGUUAAUCAUGGAUUGCUUAAGGAGCUUGAAGAUAUGGGAUUCUCUAUGGCUCGAGCAGCAUGGGCUCUGCAUCACUCUGGUAACUCAAGCCUUGAAGCAGCUGUGAAUUGGAUCAUAGAUCAUGAGAACGAAUCGCAGUUUGAGAAUAUGCCUUUGGUGGAGUUUAACAUUGAGAUUGAGUCUCCAAAUCCAUCUGAUGAUACUGCAGAAACUUCUCAUGCAAGAGCAAAAGAACUAUCGGAACAAGCUCGUAAACUAAGAGAAGAACAAGAAACUAAACGCGAAAGAGAAAGAGAAAAGGAAAGGAUACGAGCAGGGAAAGAGCUGAUGGAAACAAAGCGAAUUGCGGAAGAAAACGAAAGAAAACGGAACAUAGCUUUGAGGAAGGCUGAGAAAGAUGAGGAGAAAAAGGCAAGAGAGAAAAUUAUGCUGAAAGUUAAUGCAGACAAGCUGGAGAGAAAACGGAGGCUCGGAUUACCAACCGAAACAGAAUCCGCUUCGACAUCAAAUCCAGUUUCGCCACUUGACCCUAAGAGAAUAGUGAUGUCGUCGCCAAGCGUAGUCUCGAAAGCAGAGGAGAUGAGAGAAUGUUUAAGGUCAUUAAGACGAAACCACAAAGUAAGAAAACGUUAUAGGAUGAUUCAAAAAACGAAAGAAGAGAGAUAAUGAAAUCUUGUUUGUUUUUGUAGGAUGAAGAUCCAAGAAUCACGAGGAGGGUAUUUGAAACGCUUCUGACAAUUGUGAGGAACGUAGCGAAGAAGCCAGACGAAGAAAGAUACAGGAGAAUCCGUCUCAAGAACCGCUUGUUCCAUGAGAGAGUUGGAAGAUAUAAAGAAGGUAUUGAGUUCAUGGAGCUUUGUGGAUUCAAAAGAGUUGAAGGAUCUGAGUUCUUAUCUCUAUCGAAACGUGACUCAGACAUCAACCGGCUUCGAGACGCUGCGUUUCUGUUGAACUCUGCGAGUGCCAAUCCCUUCUUUGGUCUUCUAUCCACGGAAGCUGAAAGACCGUGAACAACAAACUUUCGCUUCCUGAAUUGUUAUGUUCUAUAUAAGACAAAAAGUGUAAAAGUGCCUAUUUUGCAAGUCGAAACUCAAAAAGUGUUACUAUGGCUACAACAACAAAUGUAACCAUAUCAAUACAUAUAUAAAAUUGAUGGUUAUGGUACGAUAUUCAAACAAAAGUUAGAACUUCAAUGUGGAUGGGGAAAUUCAUAGGAAAAGAUUAAAAUUGCCGGAAAACUCACGGAUUUAACAA